AUCUUUGCACUUCUCUCAUUUCGACUUGUUUUUGUUUCCUGGUGUUUUCCUCUACAAACAAUUUGGAGCAUUAGCCAAAGGUAACAGGUAUUUACCAGAUACUUGCCAAUGGCUUCUUCGUUCAAUUUGGUUAUUGGAAGUGCAAAGUUUAUAUUUGCCCCCAUUGAAAGAUGUUUGAACUGUAAAAGAAAUUUCGAUGAAAAUAUGAAGAUUCUGCAAAAACUGUUGAAAGAGCUGAACACCGUUAAGGAAGUUAUUGAACUAAGACUAAGUGCAGAGAGUCAUGGUGGGACAAUGCAAACAGAAGAAGUGAAGAACUGGUUGGAUGAUGUUCAGAGGAUCAAAACUGAAAUCGAAAUCAUUGAACAUAAGACCAAAGAAAAGAAGUUCCUUUCACGGGCGUUUCUUGGAAAAACUGUUGAGGAAAAGGUCUUCGAACUCAAGGCAUUUCUAAGGAAAGGCAAAGCAUUUCUUGGCAUGGUUAAGUCCUUCAAGUACAUAAUUGUUGGUGGGGGAGUUGCAGCUGGGUAUGCAGCUAGGGAGUUCGAUAGGCAAGGCCUUAAACCAGGGCAGUUGGCAAUUAUUUCAAAAGAGUCAGUGGCUCCUUAUGAACGUCCUACUUUGAGCAAGGGAUAUCUGAAUCCGAAUCCAAAGGCAGCUGCUAGACUGCCUGAAUUCCAUGUCUGUGUGGGAAGUGGAGGUGACAGAUUACUUCCUGAUUGGUACAAAGAAAAAGGAAUCCAAUUGAUCCUUGGAACCGAAAUAGUUAAAGUAAAUCUUGCUUUGAAGACUCUAGUAAGUGCUGCUGGAGAAAUUUUUAAGUUUCAGACAUUGAUAAUUGCAACAGGUUCCACUGUAAUAAGGUUGACAGAUUUCAAGGUCGAAGGAGCUGAUGCCAAGAACAUCUUCUAUCUGAGAGAACUCGAAGAUGCUGAUAAGCUUGUUGAAUCUAUUAAAAUGAAGAAACAUGGAAAAGCUGUUAUUAUCGGAGGAGGAUACAUCGGUCUUGAAGUUGCAGCAGCCAUGAGAAUCAAUGAUUUCGAUGUCACCAUGGUUUACCCCGACCCUUGGUGCAUGCCUAGGCUUUUCACCCCAACCAUCGCUGCAUUCUAUGAAAGUUACUAUGAAAAUAAAGGGAUCAAAAUCAUCAAAGGAACAGUGUCAAUUGGCUUCAAUGCUAAUGCAAAUGGGGAAGUUAAGGGAGUAAAACUCAAGGAUGGCAGGGUGCUUGAAGCCGACAUUGUUGUCGUCGGUGUUGGGGCGAGACCGCUGACAGCAUUAUUCAAAGGACAGCUUGAAGAAGACAGAGGUGGAAUUAAAACUGAUGGAUUCUUCAAAACAAGCAUGCCUGGCGUAUAUGCAGUAGGAGACGUGGCCUCUUUCCCUAUUAAAUUAUACAAUGAAACGAGGAGAGUCGAACAUGUUGACCAUGCCCGGAAAUCGGCCGAGCACGCUGUGAAGGCUAUCAAAGCAAAUGAAACAGGUAAAGAACUUGAAGAAUAUGAUUAUCUUCCAUACUUCUACUCUCGAAUCUUCGAACUUUCAUGGCAGUUCUAUGGAGACAAUGUUGGCGAAAGUUUGUUUUUCAGAGACAUCAAUCCAUUAUCACCGAAGCCGAAAUUUGGGUCUUAUUGGAUCAAAGACGGAAAGGUUGUUGGAGCUUUCCUUGAAGGUGGGACACCUGAAGAAAACAAGGCUAUUGCAAAGGUUUCAAGACUCAAUCCUCCAGUUGAGAACUUAGAUCAACUUAAAAAGGAGGGGCUUUCAUUUGCCAGCAAGUUUUAAAAUGUUUAUGAAUCACUUUAAUGGGACAAAAUUCAAAGAUUGUCAUUGUAAAUUGACCUAUAUACAGUUCAUGGCUUGUAUUUACAUUUGCUUGUUUAAUAUUUGUGUUAUUGAUUGAUUGCUUCAAUGUUUCCAUAA